AUGGUCAUUCAUGGUAGUGAUGAACUUUUGGUGAUGCUAUUAUUCUUUCUACUAACAUCUUUAAACAUUUCUGCUAAAUUUAGUGCAAAUAUAAAAAAUAUUGAUGAGAUAAGCAAUGAUAAAAUAAAUAAAGCUAAUGAAAAUUUACCUCGUCUUCAAAAUGACAUUUCAUUAAUAACAUUUGAUCCCAAACCAACAAAACCAAUUUAUAUGCCUUUAGAAGCUAUCUCAAUGGAUAUUAUUCAUCAUAUGGAUCAAGACUCUGAAUGUAAAGAAUUUAUGCCUGGUGGAAUGUCAGGAAUAAAUGAAUUUGCAUCACCUCGUUAUCCUUCUUUGUAUCCUUCAAAUAUAGAUUGUGUUAGAAUUAUUUAUGCACCUUCAGGCUAUGAUAUUAUUUUAACUUUUAAAAAUAUUUUUCAAAUUGAAUCCAGUUAUAUGCAAGCAUUAAAAGAUAGUAAUAGUAAUUCAUAUUAUUCAAAUGAUACAAAAUCAAAUAAUUUAAUGAUACAAUAUUGUCCUAAUGAUUAUCUUACUAUACGUGAUGGUCGUUUUUCUUUUUCUCCACUUGUAGCAAGAUUAUGUGGAAAUAAAUUACCUACAUUUAAUAUAACUCUACAUUCAGGGUUUGCCUGGCUUCAUUUUCAUUCUGAUUCAUUACUUCAAUAUACAGGUUUUCAGGCAAAUUAUGAAUUAAUUAAAACUAAAAAAUCUACACAUAUUCAAACCCCAUGCUUUUUUUCAGAUGUCAUAAAUUAUGAUGGUUUUGUUAAUUCUACAUCUAUUACACAAUUUUAUUCUAUUCAUCGAAAUAAUACAGGUCCAUUAGAAUGUGUUUGGCAAUUUUCUGUUCCAUUACAAGAUAUGGAAAAAUUAAAAAUUGCUGUAUUUGUAGAAGAAUUUAACUUAGCAGAUCCUAAUGAUUGUACUAGUAAUUUUGUAGAAUUAUAUCAAGGACAUGUUUCUGAAUUUCCAAUGCAAAGAUUUUGUGGCACUCAAGUUACGCAUACAUAUAGUAAUGCUAAUUCAGUUUACCUUAAAUUUUAUGCACAUGGACAAAGUCAGGUAGAAAAAUUAAAACUUCGAGUUCUUUAUAGUACAUAUGCACCUUAUAAUAAUUGUACUGAACAUAAUAUGUUUUCUUGUGGAGGUGAUAUAUGUAUACCAGAAGAGUUAAAAUGUAAUGAAAGAAAUAAUUGUCUUUAUCAACAAGAUGAAUAUAAUUGUAUAACAAAUCAAGAAGUUUGGGAUAAAAUUUUUAGUUCAAGCCUAGCUUCACUUAUCAUGUUAAUUGUAUGUGUUUUUUUUAUUGUUUUAAGUCUUUGUAUCUGGUAUAAUCCAAUUAAACAUUACUAUAAAAGAAGUAAAAAAAAAGGCUUGUAUAGUUUUAAUUCUCAAAAAAAUAUGGAUAUUUUUACAACUAGUAAUAGUAAAGAUUUAAAUAUUAAUAAUCUAUCACAACAAAACAAAUCAUUACACUCAAGUCAAUGUAAUAUUAAUUCAACAAUUGGAUUUGGUCCAAGGAUAUAUUCAACACCAUCACCAACAAUAAUUAAUGCUACAACAAAUAGUAAAAAUUUACUUAAAACAAAGACAAUUGAUAUGGGAAGUAUAAAUGAUAUAUUUAAUAAUAUACAUAGAACUAAUUCAAUUGUUUCAAGUGUUAGUGAUACAAAUAAAAAAUCACUAGAUGUACCAGAAAGGCAAUGUAAAAUAUCAUUUCAAGAUAAUCCUAUUGACUUAACGAAUUAUAUAAAACAAAACAAAAAAAAGGAAACGCCUAUAAGAAGUAUAAUUCAAACACCACAAAGUUUUCAUAAAUCUCCAUUAACAAAAAAUUCUAAAAAAUAUACUUAUAAAAAACAAAAAUUAAAUAGUAUAAGUAGUUCUCUAAUUGCUGAUGAUUUUAAUAUUGAAAUUAAUAAUUUAAAUUAUUCCAAUUUUACUACUAUUGACCAAAUAAUAAAUUUUAAUAAUCAUCAUCAAAAUUGUAAAAAAAAUAAUGAAGUUAUACAUUAUUUUUUAAAACCACGAAGAAAACAAAAUUAUGGAAAUAUUAAGGAAUUUGACGCUACCAUGUUUCAUAAUUCUUCAUCAGAAACAAAGAAAAAAAAUAAUAAACAUCUUAGAAAUAGUACAGAAAUUGAAUAUGAUUCAUUUACAGAUAGAAAAGCAUCAUUAACAUUUCCUUCACCGAGAGAUUCAAGUUGCGAGCCUUUAAUAGGAAGGAAAACUGAAAAAAAUGUAUAA